GGUUACAGUGAAGCGGUUGAGGCUGAAGCCGACGUGUGCUUACAGGAGCGCUCUACUUUAACUAGCUGCUGGAUUUACAGCGAUAACGAUGGUGUUGUUAGAAAACGACGCGUUCCUGACGGAGCUCACCCGUCUGUUCCAGAAGUGCAGGACCAGUGGGAGUGUGGUCAUCACCUUAAAGAAAUAUGAUGGCAGGACAAAGCCAGUACCGAGGAAAGGCCAUCCAGAGACUUUUGAACCAGCUGAUAACAAAUGUCUCAUUAGAGCAUCAGAGGGCAAGAGAAAAAUUAGCACAGUGGUCAGCACCAAAGAAGUAAUAAAAUUCCAGAUGGCAUAUUCCAAUUUGUUGAGAGCACACAUGGAUGGCCUGAAGAAGAAAGACAAAAAGAGUAAAAGCAAGAAGACUAAAGCUACACAGUGAUGGACAGUGAAAAGAGAGAGAGAGGAGCUGUUGAUUCAGCCUGUCCCAGGGCGACCUUCACCUGUGCCAUCCUCUACUGGACUCAAACCUUCACCCUCAAACACCUUGCCAACUGAGACCACCUCUCUCUCUUCCCAGCUCCAGUUGUGGCAUGUUGUCAUGAACAUGCUUUUCGUCAUGCCAUUUAUAUUUGGUGCUCCACAGACGCUGAGAGAGUGAAGGAGGUCCAUCUCGUUUUGAGCUGAGAAACAGUCAUCUCUGUGUGAAUGGUGUAAGAAGGUUGUGUACAGUGUGUCCCUCAUUUGAAACCGUUCAUUUGGUCAGAACAGCAGGGCUUAGCUUGGUGAGAUGGUGCCGUAUGAUAUGAGGGCUGAGUCUGUCAUUGGUUAUGGCUUUAUCAAAUUAUUUUCAAACUACAUUUUGAUUUUAAUUUUAAGAGUUUAGUGGCAAGUUAUGUCCUUUCCUUAUGGUAGAAUUUCAUCUCUGAUGUACAGGUGUUACGUUCUGCAUUCUUCAUUUUUACAGUUUUUUGGACUAAGAAGAAUAUGUGUAUUUGUAUAUUUGAAAGACGUGUUCUUUAUUACCAGAUUAAUACAGAAGUUAAACUUUCGUUCAUCGUUACUCGUGCCUUGAAUGUGAUGCUUCAGUUUAAAUACCA